GGAAGAGGGCGAGUGCAACAAAAGAGCCAGCGGCGGCACAAGCGCAACGUAGCCGCAGCGGAACGUCACCAGCGGCGGCAAAACAUUCGGGACCCCGAAAGCGGCGGCGGCACGAAGCGACUUUCCGACCGUCGGCCCACCCCGAGCCCAGACGAGCCCCCCCCUCCCCCGCAGGAACCCCGAAGAUGUCCGAGGCGCUGCUGAGGAGAAACUCCAGCAAAGAAGGUCUCCAGAACCUCAUCAGGCUGACGGCUCAGAGGAGCGUCGAGGACGCCGAGGAGGUCGAGCGAGAACGCAGGCGGCGGGCCCGGGAGGACGUCCGUCGCGGGACGUGCCACGCGGCGCCCGCGGGCCACGUCGCCGACCGCGCCCACGACGACCACGCAUUUGACGGCGUGCAAGCGAAGCCCGGCGGCUCGCCGUCUCUGGAGGAGGACGAAGGCUUCAGCGACUGGACGCAGCGGCGAGAGCAGAGGAGACAACAGCGCCUCCUGGAGGUCGCCGGGGGAGGACGGCACCGCGCAGAGGAGGAGCGCGAGAGCGCCACCUCGGAAGGCACGUCCGCGGCGUCCGGCGCGUCUCGGUCCACUCGCGUCCGGCGUGACGAUGAAGACGGAGACGGCGAGACGGCGGAGUCGGACGACGCCAGUCAGGUGGAGGAAAGACAAAAAACGCAAAUGUACACGUCUGAAGUUUUCCUUCUCCGAGAUCCCGAACCCGAUGCGGAUGCUGCCCAACGGGAAGUGACAUCACAGCCCAGCAACCGAUCAAAGAGCAGGUCCCCCGGGUGCGGCGAGGCGGAGGCCAUCGCGGCGGCCGAGCGUCGCCCGGAGAAGAUCCGCCGCGACCUCCGGGAGGAGGAGAGCCAGGAGCCGGAGCAGCUGAGGCGUCGCCACGCCCAGGCCGAGCGCGAGCCGGACGAGCUCGCCGGGGGGAGGGAGCCGAGGAAUCGCCUCCGAAGCGACGAGGAGCGACGGCGACAAGAUGACCAACGGCAGCGUGUCGCCGAGGAGGAGGGGGAUGUCUUUGAAUUUGAUCGACAGGAGGCAGGUCGGCGCACGGAGAGGAGGAGGAAGGACGCGGCCGAGCGGGUGAAGAGCUCGGGCGACGACGGCGGCGGCGGCGAGGCCUUCGGCCCCAUCAAGACGCCCACGCACAAGAUCACAGAGAGGACAGAAUCCCUCAACCGCUCGCUGAAGAAAAGUAACAGUUUCAGAAAGACGCCAGCGCUCGUCCUCGCCAGCAACAUCGACGACAAGAUGGAGCAGUACGCGCACGCCGUGGAGAACUCUCAGGAACCUCGUGGAUCGAAGGCCUCGGUGGCGGACCUUCCCAACUCGCUGGAGGCCGUCACCUCCAAAAAGAGCUUGUUUGAGGCCGGUGAGGCCUGGACCAGCGGCCCCCCCAAAACAACUUCCUGUCGGGAUGCUGAUGGCUUGAAAGUGGGUGUGGCCAACCUGAUCACCCAGUGGGUUAAGGGUCAACCCGACGGCGGCCGACCUCCGCAGAGCCGAGCGGCGGAUGUGAAGUGUGGGGAUGUGAUGCAGAAGAAGAACAUGUGGGAGGUUAUUGGAGAUUCAUCAGGGAGGUCCGCCGCAAACACCAAGGGCUCAGGAGCAGUGAGUAAGAAGUUCAAGUUUGUGGUGACAGGACAUGGCAAGUAUGAGAAGAUCUCUGUGGACCAGGAACAUGCGAUGAACGGAAAGUCUGAUUUCUGUCCAAGAGACUACUGAGGUGGUCUCCUUUCGCCAGCUUGCCCCCCCCCCCGCCAAAAAAUAAAUAAAAAAUAAACACUGACCUCCCCCAACACUUUCUCAGACUUAUUAAACAUCAUACGUAGACAAUCACGUAGUUGUUAUGUGCCGUGUUGUUUAUGUACGGUAUCCGCAGUGGUACAGUUUAUUACACAUUUAUUUCUUUGUUUACGUCAUUUACAAUCACUGUACAAGCACUUCCUGUUUGCUGUUUCCUGUCUGUUUACCUUUCGAUCACUGAGGCCUUUUUGUUUUCCUCCUUCAAACAUUUAUUGCGCUUGUAUGACUUUGUACUUCCCUUUUUAAGUCAAUUAAAAUCUUUUUUUAUACUUUU